AUGUCAAAAUCAAAAAGAAAGAAGAGAAUGAAAGGAGAAGAUAACUUCAUUUUUUGUUCGUCAAAGCCCAUGGCGAGAACCAAACACCUCGUCCAAAAGAAACGAAAUCGCCCCCAACCCUCCGCUGCUGCAUCUCCUUCAAAGAGCUCGACUCCUACAAGAAGAGGUGCAAGGAAUGUUCCGCAAAGUCCAUCAUCGGCGCAGAGGCAGAGAAAGCAAUACCGUCACAGGCCGGGGACUGUGGCUCUUCGUGAGAUUCGGCAUUUCCAGAAGACCCAUACCCUUCUCAUUCCUGCUGCUCCUUUCAUUCGAACUGUAAGAGAGAUUAGCUCCUAUUUUGCCCCGGGAAUCACUCGUUGGACAGCUGAAGCCUUAGUUGCUCUUCAGGAGGCAGCGGAGGAUUACUUGGUUCAUUUGUUUGAAGAUGCAAUGCUAUGUGCAAUUCAUGCAAAGCGUGUUACGCUUAUGAAAAAGGAUUGGGAGCUGGCUCGGCGACUUGGAGGGAAAGGGCAACCUUGGUGA